GUUUGAAAGUAGGCCUUAGCCGCUCAGUCAGUUGUCGACUACGUGUCCGGACGAUUGGUUGGCAUAAUGAUUGUGCUAAUGUGUAUGCUGAUCGUCAUCGGCUUGUGUCAUUGCAAUGAUUUUCCGUCAAGAACUGAAGUCGAGAGCUCGAUCAACCGGACAAUCGACGAAGUCGAGAGAUUAAUUCAACAAAAUGCUACUUUGCCACAGCUCAGUAGACGUGAGAUUGUUGAUAUUCUCUUCAACAUCACGUCCAAAGAUCUCGAGACAUAUCAGAACAAAAAGACAAUCGAGGAAACGCGAAAUAUCUACCAAAAAGCACUGAUGGUAGUUUUGCCGUACAACGCAGACGACGCGGAGGAGAACGUCAAGGAUUUAUAUACCAAACCGCCGAUAGUUGAAUUAAUCGCGGACCCUUCGUCCAAUCUGGGAAACUACGAAACGACGAAGAGCAAGAAGUUACAAGCAAACGCAAUUGCGCAAGAGACGCAACAUGACAAGCAAUCACUUGAAAAUUUUAUAGUGGCGUACGCUCCGGAGAAAAACUUAGCGAAAGGAAGCCCAUCUGUGCAAACGCAACAUAAAAAUCACAAAGAUUCGUAUUCAAACGUGUCUGAAAAGGAGGCGUUGAAGUUCGAUUCAGCGCCGAUGAAAUUCAGCUUCAACUUGGAAAGUCUGCACAACCAACCCUUCGCCGAGGAACCGGCAACUACCACUAGGCGACCAGUGUUCGAAGGUUCGUCACUAACCAAAGACAAAGGAGUCUAUAUAGUAUACAGUACGAGCGCGACAACGGUCCCCCCUGAAACGGUAGAGACGAAAAAGGAUGUUUCGCACACUGUGCGUAACUUGGGCCCAGAGGCUACGUCUCGUCCUCUAAAAUAUAACGAAAAUGUUUUAUCCGUUGACAAAUGGCGGUAUAACGCGCCAACGACGCAAAGUACCACAACGUUAGCGAAACUUCAAGAUAUGCUCUUGAAAAGAAUUCGCGACCAACAACCGGCUGCCUCGACUACUGUAGCACUAGAAAAUGUGGCUCCGACUGUGCCGAUUAGCAAAAUUAAUCGCAUUCCCACGGUUUCAAAGGUGAACGCAACAUCGGAAGAAAUGCCAAUCGUUAAUGCCGAACAAUCGUUUCCUAUCUACGUAACGCCAAUGCCUUCCUCUUCUCCGUCUUCUUCUACUCCUUCUUCUUUCUCCGAGAGAUUAAAAUACAAUUCCACUUAUAAUCUAAACUCUGGAGGUUUUCGCAGAAUCACUACGACAACGACGACAAUGCGCCCGGAAGUGAUGGAGCUGCUUGCCUCGAUUGGACUUCGACCGGAAAAUGCCACGAACGUGGAAGACGUGUUUAAAAAGAAGGAAAAAGAACUGGAGAUGAAGUCCCAAAUUCCUAACGGUAACGGCUUAGUCUAUACAACGUCCAGCUUGUCGGCCGCUGUGCCUGAUUCGCCAUCGAUAACCGCUCAAAACACUUUCGAGAGCCCAGUCUCGGAGAUUGGCAAAGGCAUGAACAAUCUAACACCUGACGUACAGCUGAUUUUUCAACGAUUCGGUUUGCAAACGUCCAAUCUAGCAACGACCACAAUGCCCACGCACAAGUCGACCGCCAAUACAAACUCUUAUACCAAUUUCAAGCCGUUGCCAACGUCUAAGAUAAAGAACGAAGAUAUGAAAGAAUUUUUAGCGAGAUUCGGGCUUGGCGUCAGCGACAGCAGACAGAAAAAGGCCAUGUCGCCGUCAACGGAGCGGCCGUCGUUGAUCGAGGCUGUUCCAGAUAACAUGAGGCAAAUCCUGGAGAAUAUAGGCCUCAUAUCGCGCAAGGCACCGAAAACGACGCCAAAGACGGAGAGCGUAGAGCCAACGAGGACGACCAAGAUCCACGUGUUCAAGCCUCACGAGGCACGUGUCAAGGACGAGGGGCAGAGAAUGAAAAUCAACCAACUUUUGGACAAAAUCAGAUUAGUGCAAGAGGGAAAGGCGAGCCCAACGGACGUGCGAAAGGUAGCCGACGAUCUGCUCGCCACGACGAAAACUCUAAAGGACGGGCCGGAUCCGCUAAGUCUCGAAGAGAUAAUUAGACUUUACAACGAAGACGUGAAAAAUGAAGUAAAAAGACAACAGAGUCUUCCUCCGGCAGAAACCGUCGAAAUCACUGCCAGUGACGAUCGAGCUCUCGCGAAUACCACGUCGGCCCCCCCAGCCGCCCCAACCGAAUCUGCAGUUUCCUCAACAACAACGGCGGCGACGACGACGGCGACGACGGGGGCGACGGCGACGACAACGACGACGACAACGACGACGACAACAACCACGACCGCGGCCCCGGUGACUUCAGAUUCCACGAAGGACGGUUCAAACUUCCGGGAUGCGUUGACACCAGCUCCGGAGUCAUCGACAUCUGCGAGCAUAAAUCUCAUGGGACUGGAAGAAUCCUUCGGUGGUGCCACUCGUGCACCGGACCCCGUUCUGCCAACUAAACGAAGAAACGGUCUGUAUUUUCUCGUCGACUGGAAUACUUUCCUCGAGGUCGGCGACGACAACAGUGAAAAAGUGAAUCUGAGAUUCGAGCCACAGGUUGGCGACAGGACGAGAUUUCUGCCAGUCAGCGUACCAUAAUUUACAACAAUGUACCAAUUUUAAUACAAUUGUUUUCAUAGAACGCUAAUUUAAUCACCAUACUUUAAUAUUUAUUAUUCUUACAAAUGAAAAACGUCUUACGUACAUAACAUUAUCUAUGUGUAUAUACGGUCUUCUCGAUUUUAUUGAAAUUAUUACAGCGUAAAAAUUACAUACUCGACUGAUAAUAUCGUCGCCUUUUACAAUUUUGUGUUUAAUUCGAUUUUCUAAAAAAGAAAUUGGUUCGAAUCAAACGUGAUUAUCAAAUACACGUUAUGGUACGAUUAUUGGAAAGUAUGGCAUCAUUUAUAAUGCACAGUAAUCUGUGUAUGCCACUUAAAGACAUCCGAGACACGUGAAAAUAUUUCUACCGAGAAAUUAGUUAAUGAGAAAAUGCGAUUGAUGUACAGCGUAUAAAGGCUGUUUAUAUUGUAACUUUAAUAACAAAUACGGCGAAUAUGCGAAAUUAAUGUAAAUAAAGGAAUAGCGUAAAUGUAACCAUAUGUGUGUAGUUUAAUAAACAUUUAUGAAAAAUAUGGUCACCUUAUAUCUACGUUGCGCACAGAAUAUAUAUAAGAAUAUAAUAAGAAUUUGUUUCUCUUUUAAAGAAAAUAAUCUUACUUUUAAAAUUGUUACAAAUUCUGUUAACAACGACUACACACUACAACGCACUUUAAUAAUUUUACUGAUACCAAUUAUUUAUAGCAUAAAUUAUACUCUGUAUAUACUUGUUCUCUUCAAUUUAACGCGCAAAAAUAUAAUUAUUAGAAAUAGAAGAAGGCAGUAAAUUAAGUGUAAGAUAUACACGCAUGUCUAUAAAGUGUGAAAUAUAAAUUGUCAUGUUUUAAUUAAAAUUAGCAUAAUAU